UUCAUAUGCAAACCACUUCUCAGUACAGUUAGCUUCCAAACAGUAUUUAGCUUGCAAUGAAAUACCUAAAUGUGAACCAUACUUAAAACUGAAAUAUGUGCUAGAAUACUUUGAGAACGUCAGCUUGUACUAAGUUACUUUUAUUAACCUAAGGAGUUUACCAGAACGAAGGAUGUGUCAAGCUGAAUAGUUUGCAAAGGAGAUACUUCAGCUCUCUUAGACUACAAGUCAGUAAACUUUGCUUAUGCAGCUGGCUCCAUUCAUUCUCUGAAGCCAAUCAUUUCCCCCCGGGUGGCUGAUAAGAAUUUAACAGUUUAAGAAGGUGGAGUGUCAGCAUCCUUAGUGCUAAACACAUUCCUAGGCGUAUCAGUAGCCUCUGUCCAUCACCCAUGCUGGAAGCUAUCUGGAAAAGGAGAAAUAGAAAUCAGGGAAGGGAAAUCAUGCAUCAUCAUCCUGGCUGGAAUGUACAGAAGACUUCAUGCUGUUUUCAUCAUGUGGAUUCACUGGAGAAAUGAUCACCUUUGAUCAGCCAAGUAAAAUCAAAAACUUGUUUAUUUGUUGCCUGUGCCCACCAUGGGUGCUGAGGCUCUGGACUUGCAGGCGCCCAAGGACAAGGAGGAAUCUGCUAGUGGGCACCGCAUGUGUGAUCUACCUGGGAUUCCUCGUCAGUCAGGUGGGUCAUGUUUUACCCCAUCACAAAGGAAGACACCAAAAGAUCAGUUCCAGAAGUCUUCAAGAUGCAGCUCAGACUCCUUUUCUGGGCAUCCCACUGGAUGGCACCCUGUCACCACCCAAUUUCCAGGAACCCCAGCUUGGUAGCAAUGGGACCUUGCUGCCACCUAAUGUAGUUUAUAUCACCCUGCGAUCCAAGCGCAGCAAGCCUGCCAAUAUCAGAGGCACGGUGAAGCCAAAGCGCAGGAAGAAACAUGCAGCUCCUUUGUCCUACGGGCAGCACUUUCCAAAAGCCACUUUUAUGGGCCAGGAAGAGGCCUUUGCCCAGCAUCCAGGGAGGGCCGUGCAUGCCACAGACACAAUGAGAGCAGCAAUGGCUCUGGAGGCGAGGAAGCACCAGCUGGAUGAACGCAAGCAUAAAGGAAUGGCAAUCGGGGAGAGGGGUCACUGGAGAGCUGGGGGAAUUUCUGGAGCUAUAAAGGCACAGCUCCAGCCAGAGGAAAGCAAUAUCAGGAUUUACAGUGAGAGCUCUCCCUCUUGGCUGAGCAAAGACGACAUCUUAAAUAUGCGUAUGCUGGCAGAUUCUCGGAUAGAGAACAUCCAAGAAGUACCUUCUCACAAAGGAGUCUUGGUAGUAUUUGCAAGAGGUUCCAGCACCACAGGAAGUGCUUGUAAUCAGGGACACUGUGGCAUUGUCAAACGACCCCUUGACAUGAGCGAGGUGUUUGCCUUUCAUUUGGAUAGGAUCCUGGGGCUAAACAGGAGCUUACCUUCUGUAAGCAGGAGAUCGGAGUUCUUCCAAGAUGGUCAAGCUUAUCCUGUUAUUCUCUGGGAUUCCUUGCUAAGUCCAACAGAUAAUAAUAGCCAUUCUUCAGUGAGAUUGACUUGGGGACAAUAUCAGCAGCUGUUGAAGCAGAAAUGCUGGCAGAAUGGUAAAGUUCCCAAAGCUGAGUGGGGCUGUACUGAAAUCCAUCAUUAUGAGUGGUCCAAGAUGGCACUUUUUGAUUUUCUUCUACAGAUCUAUAAUCGACUAGACAGAAACUGCUGUGGAUUCAAACCUCUCAAGGAGGAUUCCUGCAUGCAGCAAGGACUGAAGCUGAAAUGUAGUGAUCAGGAUGCUGUUGACCUGACACACAUAGUUCAGAGAAGACAUGACCGAAGGCACUUAGUCUUCAUAGACAAUAAGGGUUUCUUUGACAGAAACGAGGACAAUCUUGACUUCAAAAUAUUACAAGGAAUCAAUGAAUUCCCUGAAUCUGCAGUUUCAGUGCUGAGGAGCCAGCGUUUACGUGAGAAGUUGCUUCAGUCUUUGUUCCUUGACAAAAUAUACUGGGAGAGCCAAGGUGGCAGAAAAGGAAUUGAAAAGCUUAUUGAUGUAAUAGAAAGGAGGUCCAAAAUUCUUCUUACUUACAUAAAUGCACAUGGAGCCAAAGUAUUGCCCAUGAAUGAAUGAAGCAGUCUUGUUUCUAUCUGAGAGAUAGUCUUUAAAAAAAUUUGCAUGAGGCAAAAACCAACAGUGAAAUUGAUUUAAUUCAUAGGCUUAUGUAAUUUUUAUUUUUUCCAAACUUUCAAUUUAUUUUUAAAUAAGAAAUCUUGCAUGGAUUAAAAGCAACAUUUAAAUGUCGGAUGCAGCUCAGCACAGUGCAGUCUAUUCUAUGUCACCAAUGAAAUGAGAUGAAAAAUAACCAAAUGAUACAAUAAAUAAUGUAGUAAUAUGUAGGUACCGUGAACACUCAUUUUGCUAAACUGUUUGAAAGUUAGCAACAGGAUUUUCACUGCAUGAGUCUGGAUUACUCUUGCUUAUCAUGACAUAUACCUACCUAUCUAUUUAAAAAGACUCUUACCAUCUUUCUGGAGAAAUAUCUAUUAUCUUCUUGCCGUGAGAUAAUGGCAGUAGUUGAAUACUUUCAUAGCUGUUCUUGUCUUUAUAUUGAAAUUAUAGGGUGUAUAAGAUUUUAAAGUAUUUUUGAAAGUGCUUGUGUAAUGGUAUUAAUGAGAAACUAAGAUGUUCUGUGUCAAUGUUGAUGUGGAUGGGUGAAUUCAGUGAUUUAAAUAACUACAAUUCCACUGCAGCUAAAACAGAUUUUCUUUCUUGGUAUCAGAACAGCUAUUAACAAUAAUUGCAUUACUAGAAGAAAUAGAUCUCGUUAUAGGCAGAGUUAAAGAUACUUAGUAAAAUUUUAAGAGCUUGGUCAUCUAAAUAAUCUUUUAUUUUAUUCUGUCAGCAAAGGGCAGAUAAAUUUGUAAAAACUUCCCAGAACUUAACUAUUGCCUUGAGAGGUCAUAUUUCAGAGUGCCUUGGACUUUUCUAAUGGCAGCAAAGUAGAAUCUGAUAGGAUUUUCAUAUUAUCCAUUUCUUAAAAAGUUAUAACUUAUUAGCCAGGUACUGUAUUAUGGAAACAAAAAUACUACCAUAGCUUGCAUUGUAAACAAAGCCUAGAAACAGAAAUAAUCCUCCGGACCCAUUUCACAUGGAAUUCCUGUUGCAGUAAAUGCCACUCUUUGAUGACUGUUAUGAUCAACUUGUCUCAUUUUCUAGCCUAUUGAACAUUUUUCUUCCUGCUAGAUACCUGUUCAGAUGGAUUAUCACACACUUCUGGGAGUGAAAGGCACAACUUUCAGCUGCACUGGACUUAGGAGAGGGCCAUACAAGAUAUACAAGAGUGUACCUGAUCAUGAAAAAAAGUCCUAUGAGAACUCUGUCUUCUAGCUUAUCCUCUUCUUUCCUUAGGCUGACUGCACAUCCUGAAUGCCAAGUCAUUGCCUCACAUUGCCCAGUUGUAUUUUUUUUCCAGAACUGUCUCAUUACCUAGAAGAGAAAGAAAUCAGAGGUCAGGAUUUUUUUCUUUUCAGAUUAGGUCAUUUAUUUUUAUGGAGAUAACUUGAUGCGUUCUUCUCCAUUUCUUCUGGGCACGGGCUAGUGUUUCCUUGAGCAUGAUGCAUGCUUUUUUAAUUUGCCUGGCAGUUCAGUGUGAGUUCUUAAAGCAGCAAUGUAAUUGCCAACUAGUAAGUAAUUGCCCUGAAGCUGACCUGGAGCAAUGCCCCUCAGCAGUUCCGAGUUUAAGAGGUCCAAGCAGCCAUGAUGCUGUGCAGCGCUUAAAAAUUCGAUCAAGCAUGAAAAGCAUAACUGUAAAGAGAUCUUCAGGAGACAAAUCCCGCAAAUGAAUGUCCUUAGGAAAUGAAUGGUGUUUUCUACUAGAUAUUUUUGAUGGCAGAGGCAAACAGAUCAGGUUGUUAUUAGAGCUAAUGUGCAGGGUGAAACAAUGUAUAGAUCUACAUAGAAAGUACAAGGGGAAGGAUAGGUGUGUCCCCUUGUGCUGUCUGGUAUGGACCAGACAGGCACAUAAAGGCAGGCGCUUCCCAGAACUUCUGCAGGGACCACUGAGUCCAGAGAGAAUGGUGAAGGCAGAUUGGGCUGAGCCAUUGCUGCACACUGUCCAAGGACAAAGGAAUGCUUCUUUCUCUGACAGUCUGAAUUUGGGUCUAGGGCAAGGUGUUCUGCAUCCUGCUCUUCCUUACAGUGGUGCCUUAGUGGCACUACGCAUUGCUGGAGGCCUUGCUUUCUGUGCUGUGUCAACGUGCCGUAUUUCUUACGCGUACAAACACUCUCAGACUCUUCAGGGAAGUCAGGAGAGGCUUUGCGAGAUUUGCUGGUGGGACUGGACUGUAGAUUCUAAUUCUUUAAUGCUGAUAACAAACUCUGGAAAGUGCCUUUUCUCCUCAGUGUUUAUCCGGUUGCUGUGGAGCUUGGUACCUGGAUCUAGUAUUGUUAAUAAUACAAAGUAUGAUUGUGGUGGUACUUAUGCGUACAUGCUAGCCAAGUUCUAGGUUUUUUUUUACAAGAAUGAAGAAUUCUGUACUUUUUGAGUGCCUUUGCAUAAGUGCUCUGGUAAAAAAUACAAAAGAAAUGUUUUGCAGAGCUUAUUUAUUCACUGCUAAUAGAUUCAAGGUAUCUGACCUCCCUUCAGUAACAGGAGUAAAGUUUAUUGGGAAAUCAGUCCACUUCCUUUUAGAACAGCAUGGCGUUGGACUGACAGUUCUGCACUGUAGCCGAAAUAAUAUUAACCGAUAGGAAAAAACCCGAAGAAGCCUUACUCUACCUAUGGUGGUGAUCAGCAAAAAGCCAAGAAACUGUGUUUUAGUCAUCUUUGCUGGGCUGUCUUCCAUUUAUGGGCAUGUGGGAUCCAUGCUGCGCAUUACUCGGAAGGGUGUAACCAACGGCAACACUCCAAAACCUGUGGGUGGGAAGAGACGAUUAUGUCAUUCUUGAAUCUGUCUGAAAGCCAGAACCACAUGAAAUGGAAUUACUAAGAAAGUCAAGAGAGUUUGCUGAUUUCAUAACAUUGGAAGACAGAGCUUAAAAUAAGUAGCACAGGCACAGAUGCCUUAAAAUUCCUCGGGCGCCUGCCAGCAAGUUAAUAAUCUUAAAUGUUUCAGAAGCUGAGGACAUGAAAACUUGUAUAGAGUACUGCAAGAGCAGUUUCCUUAUUUUUUGUGUGUGUGUAUUCCAUAAUGCACUGUAUUAAAAAAAGAUAAAUUCAAUGGUUUCAAACAAGCAAAUACAGAUUUAGGGUACAUUAAGGGACAAGCUUCCAGUAGCAAUUCUGGAAACACUUCUGUGCAUGUGUGUGUAUGUGAACCCAAACAUAUAUGUAUGUGUAUAUAUGCCUUGGCUUAUUUCUAUAAAAUGGUCAGUUUGGCUAAUAAAGAAUGAGUUGUUUAUACAAUUUGCUGUUUAUAUCUGGAACUGUGUUUGUCAGCAUAAGUCCAAUUUGGGUAUGCACAAAUUGAAGUUUAAACAAAAUAUUAUUGUGGAUUAAACUUUUGUUCUCAAAAGAUUAACUUUUCCCUUGCUAACACAUUUAUAUAAUCUUAAAAGUUUUCUACUUAAAAUUGUAGAGAAAAACAGCAAUAUGUUCCUAUGUGAGCUAAACUGCCACAGUGAUAUCAACUCAGAUGUUGUUAUUGAGUUUUAUAUUAGAUACUGAAUUUCCAUUUUAUUUUCAAAUUUGUGCAUUUUAAAAGUCAAUUUAUUUGUCCUUUUAUUAGUAAGUAAAAGUGUUAUCAUAGGUAAUGAAUUGUUUGAAUCUCUGCUGCUAUUGUCACAUAAUGUCCAGGAAUAUGCAAAAUAAAAUAAUAUCUUCAUCA